AUGGAGCAGAGUCAGCUGGACAGAGAAACUUUCUCCUGUUCCAUCUGCCUGGAUCUCCUGAAGGAUCCGGUGACGAUUCCCUGUGGAGACAGCUACUGUAUGAACUGUAUUACAAGAUUCUGGGAUGAAGGUGAGAGGAAGAAAAGCUACCACUGUCUUCAGUGCAGGAAAACCUUCACAUCAAGGCCAGAACUACAGAAAAACACCAUGCUAGCAGCUUUAGUGGAGCAGCUGAAGAAGACUGGACUCCAAGCUGAUGCUGCUGCUGAUCAUCACUAUGCUGGACCUGAAGAUGUGACCUGUGAUGUCUGCACGGGAAGAAAACUGAAAGCCAUCAAGUCCUGUUUAGUCUGUCUGGCCUCUUACUGUGAGAAACACCUUCAGCCUCAUUAUGAUUCAGCUCCUUUCAGGAAGCACAAGCUGGUGGAGCCGUCCAAGAACCUCCAGGAGAACAUCUGCUCUAAGCAUGAUGAGAAGUGUAUCUGUAGUCUGUGUUUAAUAGCUGAACAUAAAGCCCAUGACACAGUUUCAGCUGCAGCAGAAAGAACUGAGAGGCAGAGAGAGCUGGAGGAGAGACGAGGAAAAUUUCAGCAGAUGAUCCAGAACCAGGAAAAAGAUGUGAAGAUGCUUCAACAAGAGGUGGAGGCCAUCAAUCACUCUGCUGAGAAAGCAGUGGAGGACAGUGAGAAGAUCUUCACCCAGCUGAUCCGUCUCCUCCAGAAAAGAAGCUCUGAGGUAAAGCAGCAGAUCAGAUCCCAGCAGGAAACUGAAGUGAGUCGAGUCAAAGAUCUUCAGGAGAAGCUGGAGCAGGAGAUCAGUGAGCUGAAGAGGAAAGACACUGAGCUGGAGCAGCUCUCACACACACAGGAUCACAACCAGUUUCUCCUCAACUACCCCUCACUGUCAGCACUCAGUGAGUCGACACACUCAUCCAGCAUCAACAUCCAUCCUCUGAGACACUUUGAGGACGUGACAGCAGCUGUGUCAGAGCUCAGAGACAAACUACAGGACGUCCUGAGAGACUCAUGGACAAACAUCUCACUGAUGGUCACUGAGGUGGAUGUUCUACUGUCAGGACCAGAACCAAAGAGCAGAGCUGGAUUCUUAAGAUGUUCAUGUAAAAUCACCUUGGAUCCAAACACAGCUAACAAAUGGCUGGUACUAUCAGAGGGGAACAGGAAGGCGACAGUGAUGGAUCAACCUCAGCCUUAUUCUAGUCAUUCAGACAGAUUCACUGAUUGGUAUCAGGUUCUGAGUAGAGAGAGUCUGACUGGACGUUGUUACUGGGAGGUGGAGUGGAGCGGGUUAUGUGUUCGUGUAGCAGUAGCAUACAAGAAUAUCAGCAGAGCAGGAGGUGGGAAUGAAUGUGGAUUUGGAUAUAAUGACAAAUCCUGGGCUUUAUAUUGUUACCAAAAGUUUUUACAGUUUGGUCACAACAACAUCUGGACCUCCAUCUCAGGUCCAGGUUCCUCCAGACUAGGAGUGUACCUGGAUCACACAGCAGGUCUUCUGUCCUUCUACAGCGUCUCUGAAACCAUGACUCUCCUCCACAGAGUCCAGACCACAUUCACUCAGCCACUACUGGCUGGAGUUUGGGUUGUAGGUUCUGCAGAGUUCUGUAAACCCAAAUAGAUUUCCGCUUUUGUCUCUGUGAUCGUUGAACAGUGUUUAUUGUUCCGAUAUCUUGUUCUUUUCUUCUUAAUGUUUUUGACUUAAAUGUAGUACUUCGGCUCUGUUCCAGGGUCCAUGAAGAAUAUCACUGCUGUUGUUUUCUUCCAUUCUUAUAUGACAGAAAUAUUUCUCCAUAUAUAAAUCUAAACUUCUCUCGACUACAAUAGAUUUGCUAUCAUAUCUCUAUUGGUGUAUUUGGAAGUUCUAGUUG